UAUAUAAAGACGUGGUAUUUUCUCUCAAAAUCAUUGAAACUCACAGGGACGGAUAUUCAAUAUGGUUCCUAUGAGGGUGUUACUGCUGUUCGCAAUACCACUAAUUGGUAUUUUUCUGCAAAAAUCAUCCAGCAAGAGCAUUGACGAAAGUAAUCAUCAUCUCGAAAGUUCCUCAGACCUUGAUGGGAAGCAUGAGCUGAUUCGAACCAGGCGAGAAAUAGAUAGUGCUAUUGCAGAUAUGACAAACUCUGAACGUGCAGUGGCCGAUUCAGAGCUAUCAAAUGAGGAUGAAACACAUGACAUACGAAAACGUUGGGGUCGACGUAGGAGAAAAGGAGGCCGCAGGAGGUCACGACGUAGAAGGAGAGUCAGUGUCGGCCGUGUUAUGGAGGGAGUAGGAGAAGGUUUAGGUAUCAUGCAGUCUGUCAAGAAUCUGUUUGGGGGUUGAGGCACUGGUGGGAAUGAUGACGACAAUGCGUGAGGAUGAAUAUUAGGACGAAGAUGUCUAUAACACAUGUACAACAAAUUAAAAACAAUAUUGAUUUCUUUUAUUGUUGCCACAAACUUUGAGAAAAAAUUCUGGUAAUGAAUAAAACAUUUAUUAAUGGCA